UUAUAUCCAUGUGCAGAGGGAAAGCAGUUAGUGAAGCAGUCUGGCUCAGCGCUUCUCUAAGGAAGAACCUGCAACACACAAGGAACGUUCACCUACUUGUUGAUUCAUCUCCACCACUGGAAUUGCACAUUCGUUUUUUUCUUUAACGCUCUAAAAAAAACAGUCGUGGCACCAUUUACAACAGUUGCCUCGUGCAUUGAAGGAUCCUGCUUGGUCCUCUAUGAGAGCUACUGUAACGUUACUGCGACAGAACUUCAGAAAAAGAGAUGUCUGCAACCAUCUUGUCCGCUUUCUACGAUAUCGACAUGCUUUACAAGCAAGAUAUGAACAUGAAUGCUGUGAAUCACAUCAAUAGCAUACUGGACAAGAAAGCGGUGGGUCCUCCAGUGAACACACAUAGCUCCAAUAGUUCUUUCGCGCCGGGAUUUUUCCGUAGAAACUCGACCACCAACAUGGAAGCAAUGACCAACAACAGCAACAAGUACUCUGCCAACUCCUACAGUAAUUUGAUGGAGAACGCGACGAGCAGCAGCACUGCCAUUAUGAACAAGGAGAACAAGUUCCGCGACCGGACAUACAGCGAGAAUGGGGACCGCAGCCAGCAGCUGCAGAUCGUGCAGCAGAAACCAGGCUCCCAGAUCAACUCCACCCGCUACAAGACCGAACUCUGCAGGCCCUUCGAGGAGAACGGAGCGUGCAAAUACGGAGAGAAAUGCCAGUUCGCGCACGGCUACCAUGAGCUGAGAAAUUUGUCUCGUCACCCUAAGUAUAAAACCGAGCCCUGUCGCACUUUCCACACUAUUGGCUUCUGCCCGUACGGUCCCCGCUGUCAUUUUAUCCACAACGCUGAUGAGCGCAGACCCGCUCCAAGCAACGCCAACGUGCAGGGGGAGCCCAAAUCAGCUCACGAGCUCUGCGGCUAUGGUCAAAGCGGCGAUGUGCAGCAGCAAGUUGGGUACAACAGGGACAGACCAAAGCUUCACCACAGCCAGAGUUUUUCUGGCUUUUCCAGCCACCAUGGACUUGAGUCGCCACUGCUCGAGAGCCCCACGUCGCGCACCCCACCACCCCCCUCUUCUUGCUCUCCCAACUAUUAUGAGGACAUGCUGUCUCCCAACUCCAUGUCUUGUGUGAACAGUGCAUUCAGUUUUCCUGGACAUGACCUUAAAGCCUUACUUGCUCCCCUGGCCUUGCAUACGCAAAACGGCUAUGGCAACAACCAUUUCAAUGGUGCCUACUAUGGGAACAUUCAUGCCAACAUGUGCCCCCCUUCUCCCCCCUCAUACAACAUGAGCCACUUGCAGUCCCUGCGCCGCCUCAACGAAUCACCGGUGUUCGACUCCCCUCCUAGCCCGCCCGACUCCCUCUCAGACCGGGAGAGUUAUGCAAGCGGGUCCCUCAGCUCUUCUGGGAGUCUUAGCGGCUCUGAGUCUCCGAGUUUGGAUGCUGGGAAACGUUUGCCAAUCUUCAGCAGGCUGUCGAUUUCUGAUGACUAAACAUCCCAUGUUAUUUUCAAUGGAUCAAAUUUGUCCUUGACAUGGCAUUAGUUGUUUUUCCUUUUUGUAAUGGUAUAGCUGUAUAAAAGUAGAUAUCAACAGAAGGCAUUCCAUCAGCGACUUACUUAUUUGAGCUGCAAUUAAUGGCAGUAUUUUUGGUCUAUCAGGCAAGCCACACUUCCCUGGGAUAGAUGUGUACAAAACUUGACACGAGACUGUAAAGCAGUUUCAGAUUUCCUCCAUCCUGCCAAGAAAUGCCUUGACACAAUGUAAAAAAAAAAAAAAAAAAAAGUAAAUAUAUAGUUUUCUUCUUCUAAGUAUGUGUUCCUUUCUGAAAGCUUAAACUUCCAUUCCAGAACUUUAAUCUUUUUUUCACAGCGCCACGCAGUGGUUUGUUUGAGUAGUAUAGUUUGUUGCUUAGUUGAGGCACUCUGAGUUAGGUUUGUUUGGGGAAAUCACUGCAGAUGGUUGAAAAUAUAUUUCUAUAUUUUUAGCUGUUUUGAGUGAUUACAUAGCAGUGCGUAACUGGCUAUGAAAUAUUUAACUUAUUUAUUAUCUUGUGAAAAGUAUAGGCUAUAUGUUGGUAAUUUGUCCAUACUGUAUUUAUCAAGUAUGAUGAAGCAAUAGAUCUAUAUUCUUUUAUGUUUAAAUUAUGAUCGCCAUUAUUAAUCUGCAGAAAGUGGAGUGUAUGUCCUAUUCACAGUAAUAUAUAUAUUGUUUUUGGUCUCCUUUUGUAACUUCACUUGGUUAUUUUUAUUGUAAAUUAGUAAAAAAAAAAAAUCUUAAUUUAAGAGAACGUAUGUGAUAUUUAUUUCCUAAAUUUUGUUUACGUUUAUUAAAACAAAAGUUUGCGUGAUUUGCUGUUCUGAGGUUGCUUGUAAGAGCUGUGGAAGGUGUUUUGAGAAUCCUUAUCUAGAUGUUUCUGUAGAAUGUAUAAACAAUGUGGUUGUGCAGACCGUCCAAACCUGAGCUAGCCUUGCUUUUUUCCAAUUUUUUUUCAUAGAUCAGACUCGGUGACAAAGAACCCAAGUAAAUAAAUUAACCAAAAAAGUAUUUUUUGUUUUCUUCUGUUUGUACGAGGUCACACUGUGAUUCCAGCCACGCGCUAAAGAAUGUAGCAAUCCCUUGUUUCCCAGUAUUAUUGUGUAGUGCCUACAGGGUUCACCAUCUUACAUGCCUUAAUAUUAACCAAAUAAAGUAUUUUUCCUACAUGUAUCUUUUCCACAAGUUUAAUUGAAUGUAGUGUUGGAGCUGAAUUACUUUUGAAGGUUGUUACCACUUAUCAUAAGACCCUGGGACAACCAUACUUUUCUUUAUUCCCCAUUCCUCUACUUUUGAUUUUGUUUGAUAUUGACUAGUUCAGGGGAUGCGCACUAUGUAUUUUUUUGACUACUUUUAUCAGAAGUAAAGCUUUUUGAAUGUAACUAAAACGGACAAAAAGACAACCUGAGUUGUAAUAUAAUUAUUUUUGGAGAGUCAGUUCACUACAAAUUGAGUGUGAGACUUUGUACUGUACAUUUUCUUUUGUAGUUCUCCCAAUAAAAUGAUUUUGAAAAGA